CAGCUCAAAUUGUGUUACAAUAAGCAUCACAACAGCAGACUUCACAUGAAAACAGCAAACACAUAUUAUUGAUAUGACAUUAUAGUACUUUUUUUUGUUUUGUAUUCAGUAUUUGCAUUUAAACCAAACCCCAUGCUAACCAGUUAACACCUUGACAGUUAUGUUCGAGUAAUUACGGUAGCUCCUGCGCAUGCGCAGAACGCGACAUCCGGAAAUAAUAUUGUAGGCGAGAAUUAAAACCUCUAGAGUUGAGAGGGGUGGUCGAGACUCGGUGGAAUUGUGAUAACGCACCUGUAAAACAUCAGCGAGAAUCUUUUCUAAACUACGACCACAUUUACGAGACCACCUGAGGUGGAAUAUCAUCCUCUAAAGGCUCUCUUUCUGCGAUCUUAAAGACAGCGGACAGAAGAACGGGCUUCACUCCACUGGCUGAGCGCUACAAAGUUGGGUGACAGUCGGUGAUGUCAGAUUAUUUGUGUAUAUUUUACUCGGUGUAAUAGCGAAGCGUGCAUAUUAAAUAUGAAGUCUGACCAUUGCUGACAUAUAUGGCGUAAAAACGGGGAUUUUGUUAGUCAUAACUUUAUUUAUUAUACGUGAAUAGUUGUGAAACCAUGGCGGAGUCGGUUAAAACCUUCCAAGCGCACCUGACCGCGGUUAUGGACAGUCUGGUCCGCGCGUCAGUGUGCGAGAUCACCAAACUCUUCCAGGACACAGUCAACGACUACCUGGUGGAAAUCUCCCUGAACAGAAAAGAGAACGAAGCUCUUAAAUUGAGACUGAGGUUGACUGAGAAUAAACUGAGGAAUGAGCGCAAAUACGGCAUGGGCUGGGCGGCCGGUCGGCGCGCGGCGGGGCUGCUCGGCGCGGAGGACACCGCCGUGCGUAAAGCGCGCAAAGCGGAUCUCCAAAGAGGCAAGCCGGGGGGAGCGUGGGAGGAGCGGGCUGGAGGAGGGUUUCGUGCCCGUCUCAACACUGGAGGAGGAGAGGAUGUGGAGGAGGAGAUGAAGGAGGUGGCCAGCAUUAAAGAGGAGGUGGAGGGUUACAGAUCGGACUCCCUGAGGCUGUUGCAGGAGGCUCUGCAGAUGAACCCGAGUGAAAGCACUGCUCCCUCCUCCAGUCCCACCCACGGAGAAAUGGGCCCUGCCUCUGCUGCUCCUGAAUCCUCUGUUGCUGAACGCUGGGACAAUAAAGCGGCCCAUUCAGAGCAGCCCCUGAGUGGAGGAGAUGAGCUGAGCGGACUGGAGACGGCUCUUAAAGCGGAGCGCGAGCGAGAAGAGGCAGAGUCUGGCCUGGGCAGCCCAUCGCUGGAGCCGUGCGGAUCCGAAGGCGUGGGGUUUAUAGGUCUGGAUGGGUUGUGCAGCUCUCAACAGGCCAUGUCCUCCUCGUCACAUAGCCGAGACCCUGCAGAACUACAACUCCCAUCAGCCCCUGCGACCAAAGAAGAAGGGGAGGAGUCGGGAGCAGAGAGCGCAGACAUGAUGCAUUUCUGUGUGCGCUGCGGCAGUGGUUUCACAUCUUCAUCCGACCUCAUCAAACACUCGUGUCCCGCGGCUGAAGAGCGUCCCUAUCAGUGCUCCGCCUGCGGGAGAGCGUUCGGUCACGCCUGGAGCCUCAAGAGCCACGAAUGCGUCCAGACGGGAGAUCAGCCGCAUCACUGCGAACUCUGCGGGAAACGCUUCACACACUCACGAUCACUAGAGCGCCAUCAGCUGGUGCACACAGGUGAGCGUCCGCACAGGUGCCCGCAGUGUGGACGCAGCUUCAGCCGGCUGGGGAAUCUGGAGAGACACCAGCGCAUACACACGGGGGAGCGGCCGUACGAGUGCGAGGCUUGUGGGAAACGCUUCAGUCGCGUGGAGUAUCUGAAACGCCAUCAGCACAUCCACAUUGGAGAUGCGAUGCUGAAACACACACUGCAAAACACACAGCACUGCGCUCAGUGCAACCAGACGUUCAGCGAUAGCGAGCAGCUCAAGCAGCAUCAGUGUGUAUUUAAUGUUUAAAGGGGCAGUUCACACAAAACCGAACACUCAUUUACUCAUCCUUCACUCGUUCUAAACAUGUUUGAGUUUCUUCUGUUGAAUGCAAAAGAGGAUAUUUUGAAGAAUGUUGGAACUGUAAUUAUUGAUUUAGUAUUUGUUUUUCCUACUACAGGAGUCAAAUACUCGCCCUCUAAUCAUCAAGGAUGCAAGUGAUUUUUGAUUUUAGCAGACCCGAGAUUGGACUUUUGUCCACUGUAGAGGUCAAUAAAUAUUAGAUACUUCCUCUGAGACCAUAUAUAGCACAAGCUUAAAGGGGCAGUUCACCCUAAAAUGAUAAUUCUGUCAUUAUUCUGUCCUUCCAUCAGCACAUCCAUAUUCUCAUCCUUCACUUGUUCAAACCUGUUUGAGAUUCUUUCUUCUAUUAAAUGCAAAAGAAGAUAGUUUGAAGAAUGUUGGAAAUCUGUUUUAGUUAUUUUUUUUUUUUUACAAUUAAAGUCGAUGGUUACCUGUUUUCAGCAUUUUUAUAAAGAUCUUCUUUAUAAUUUUCCUGUUUCUUUAAAAUCACAAAAAGUUUGGAAGCACUUGAGGGAGAGUAAAUAGUGAGCAAAUAUGAUAUUUUGGGUGAACUGUCCCGUAAAUAUGAGUGUGUGUAUAUAUAUAUAUAUAUAUAUAUAGUUUAUGAGAAGGGAAAGAUCACUGAAAUAUAUAUAUCCGUCAUCAUUUACUCGCCCUCCACUUAUUUAAAACUUGUUUAAACCUGUUUAAGCUCCUUUCUUCUGCUGAAUGCAAAAGAAGAUAUUUUGAAGAAUGUUGAAAAUCUCUAAUUAU